CUGUCAAGUGUCAACUGACAAUCCUCUGCCGUCAUCACAACACAAUAUUCAACUGUGAUUUAAUUUCUAAAUUAAUCAAAAUCUAAAUAAAACAACAAAAUCUGAGUUGAAUGGUAGUAAUUUUCACCUUUUUAUUAAAUUUAGAAUCAAAUGAGAUUCUUCACAUAAAAUAAAAACAUCGAUACAGCCGUAUAAAAAGCUGCAAGUUCAAACGUGAAUUAUGGAGUCCAAAGAGGUUUCUGAGCAAUUGGUCGCUUUAAAGGUGAUGAGACUCACAAAACCGGCUCUCAUUUGUCCAAAAAUUGUAACAUGUGAUUCCAAAGAUCUGCCGGGAAAUAUUUUAAACAACUUUCUGAAGGAUGAUGCUACAUCUGUGACACAAAUGGAAACAUUAGCUGCUGGGCAGUUUCUCCUACUACCUCAAAGCUUCGGAAACAUUUACCUCGGUGAAACAUUCUCCUGUUACGUUUGUGUUCACAAUGAGACCAACCAACCUGUUGCAAGUGUUUCCAUCAAAGCUGAUUUACAAACCAACUCCCAAAGGAUUCCUCUCUCCACCCAGCAGAACCAAAUUCCAGUACUACUCGGUGUUGACGAGACUCUGAGUGACGUCAUACACCAUGAAGUCAAGGACCUCGGCACACACAUCCUAGUCUGUGAGGUGACUUACAUGUCCACCUAUAGUACACUAGUGUCAUUUAGGAAGUUCUUCAAAUUUGAAGUCAUGAAACCCUUGGAUGUUAAGACAAAAUUUUACAAUGCUGAGUCUGAUGAUGUGUACCUGGAAGCUCAGGUCCAGAACACCACCUCCGGCCCAAUAACCCUGGAGCAGGUGGCCCUCGAGAGCUCCCAACAAUUUACUGUGAAAUCUCUCAAUGACUGUGGAGAUGAUGAGUCUGUGUUUGGUGACAUCACAUUGUUGCAGCCUCAGGAGAGUUGCCAAUACCUCUACUGUCUUACUCCAAAAGAAAAUAUAUCUAAAGAAAUCAAACUGUUAGCUGCUGCUAAAAAUAUUGGCAAACUGGACAUAGUAUGGAGAUCUAAUCUGGGUGAGAAGGGACGGCUGCAGACAAGUCAGCUGCAGAGAAUGACUCCAGACUAUGGGGACAUCAGGCUCACAUAUGAGAAACUACCUAACAGGGUAGAAAUAGAUAAAGCUUUCGAUUUUAAAGCUAAAAUUGUGAAUGCCAGUGACAGGACACUGGAUUUAAUUUUGAAGCUACGGUCUCAUGAGGAGUCCAGCCUGCUCUGGUGCGGCAUCUCCAACAGGAAGCUGGGGCCACUGGAGCCCGGGGCUUCUGUCUUCAUCAACCUGACUGCCCUACCAAUAAACACUGGACUUCACCAUAUCACAGGAAUAUCACUGGUUGAUUUAUUUUUAAAGAGAACUUAUGACUAUGAUGAUUUAGCUUCCGUUUUUGUUAAUUAGUGGUACUUACAACAAAAUACUAAGUCAUGUUCUAGUAUUUAUUUGAGCAUAUUUUUAGUGGCACAUUUUGUAUUUACAUCAUUGUCAGCCAAUAGCAGUCCACUGCUGGACAUAGGCGUCUCCCAAGGCGUGAUAAUAGUCUUUUGUUAUAUAAAUUAUUAUUAUUAUUAUACCUACUUAGUUUAUGAUAAGAAAAGUGAAUUAAGUAAAUAAAUAUUAUGAAUCUGGAA